CCCCUCCUUCCUCUCUAUACGCCGCAAAGUUUCUCAUCUUCUGCAUCUGAAUCUUGACCCUUAGCCACGCCUUCCGUGGCCGUGGCCAUGGCCUACAAGGUCCGCAUGAGCGAUCUUGAUAGGCUCUGCCCAGGGCCGUGGAGGCCGUGCCCUUUGAUUAGGGUUUCAAGCGGACGGCUUUCGCAUGAGCCACUUGAUAGGCUCUGCCCAGGGCCGUGGAGGCCGUGCCCUUUGAUGGUUUCAAGCGGACGGCUUCCGUAUGAGCGACUUGAUAGGCUCUGCCCAGGGCCAUGGAGGCCGUGCCCUUUGAUAAGGGUUUCAAGCGGAUGGCUUUCGCAUGAGCGACUUGAUAGGCUCUGUCCAGGAUCGUGAAGGCAGUGUAGCAAGCGGACGGCGUCCGCAUGAGUGCCUCCCAGGGCCGCGGAGGCUGUGCCCUUCCGCUAGGGUUGUAAGUGGAUGGCGUCCGCGAUUGUUUGCGAAGAUUAGGCUUUCAUGGAUAUGAAACCAAUGAAGAUUAUUGUAAUUUUUUUCGCUUUCAUCCCUACCUUCGGUGACCGCAUCCAGGGGAUCGAUCCAAACAAGGCCGUGGCCUGCCCGUAGAGAUCCAAACAAGGCCGUGGCCGGCCUCCUGCGUGAUUAUGCUAGUGGGCUGCCCUUCGAGAUCCAAGGCCGUGGCCGGCCUCCUGCGUGAUUAUGCUAGUGGGCUGCCCUUCGAGAUCCAAACAAGGCUGGGCUUCAACAGAUAUGCUCGUGGGGGCGGGAGUAUGCUAAUGGGCUGCCCUUCGAGAUCCAAACAAGGCUGGGCUUCAACAGAAACAGAUAUGCUCGUGGGGGCGGGAUUAUGCUAAUGGGCUGCCCUUCGAGAUCCAAACAAGGCUGGGCUUCAACAGAAACAGAUAUGCUCGUGGGGGCGGGAUUAUGCUAAUGGGCUGCCCUUCGAGAUCCAAACAAGGCUGGGCUUCAACAGAAACAGAUAUGCUCGUGGGCUCUGGCCCGCCCGACGGGAGGACAUAAGCGGCGCUGGUGGCCCUCUCGUUCCAAUCGCCAAACCCUAACCCUAGACGCGCCUCCUCCCUCUCCUUGCUCCUCCUUACCAGGCGGCUGAGGGCUGCAGAUCGGCGGCCAUGGCGACCUCUCUUCGCACGGUGACCUCGGCCAUGGCUCUCCGUCCGUCGAUCGCGGGGCCCUCCCUGCACGGCGACGGCGUCCCCAUCCUCUACGCCAUCGGUGCACUACUCGCCAGUCGCUCCCCGUCGUCAGUCGAGUGCAACACCAACCGCGCCGCCGCUUCCUCGUCCCCUGGCGAUUGCGCCCCCAUCCUGAGCGCCAUCCGCUCCCUCGUCAGCUCUUCUUCGUCGUCAAGGGAGGGCAACUCCAUCCGUGCCUCCUCUUCUGGCGAUGGCGCCCCCAUCAUGACCGCCAUCCGCUCCCUCGUGAGCUCCUCUUCCUCGUCAAGGGAGGGCAACGCCAUCUUGGCCGCGAAUGUCUCCUCUGCAGGCGAUUGCUCCCCCAUCAUGAGCGUCAUCCGCGCCCUUAUUGGUGCCUCUUCAUUGUCUGUGCUGGGGUCCUUCUCAAUCUACCAAGGGAGUGCAUAUGCAUCAAGGGAACUUGUACCAGUCUAUCAGGGGAGUGCUUACGGCUUCCGAGAGCUUGUACCUGCUUCAUACCGUAGCUUUCACCCUUGCAAGGUUCUUCCUGCGUCUCUGACAUCAAACAGGAAUUCUUCCCUCAUGCUUGUAAACAUUCUACUCGGUGCUUGGUUUGGAGGAUAUGUCUUGGCUUCAACCGAUGGUCAACCUGGUUCUAUCAUCUUGGAAAAUCUCAAGGAAAAGCUUAAACUCAUUGAAGCAGAGAUUACGGAUCUUGAAAGAAUGAUUGAAGAGUCUGAAGGUGUUACUUCUUUUGUGUGUGAUUUCUUUUGUUCAAGUCUGUUUGCUGAAAGAUUCGUGAGGAAGCAACCUCCGACAAAGAAGAAGCAAAGCGUAAGUUAGCAAUCAUUGGAAGAAAAAUGAUGGAAAAAGAGAGUGGUCUCCCAAGAAACAAGCCAUGGCGUAAACUCUUAGGAUGGGGGUUGCUCUUGCUGUUGGCGCCUAAAGCAACUAUGGGCUUUCCUAAAGCCAUUGAAGAAGCUUUCACGGGCUUGUGGGCUUUAUCAAUUAUCAUUCCUUGUGCCUUUUUACUCAUUGGCAAUACUAAUGAAUUGUUGGAGGAGAAGGCUAAAAGCAUCCAGAAAAUGGUGGAUAAGCAGCUUGGCAAGUCACCAGCAAGGUCAAUGUGCCCUACGUGCCACAUCGAGCAUCCAUCAGUGUGCUGCCACUGCGGUUCGGAAUUAUCAGAUUUCUUGACCCCUUCAUACCAAGAGGGAGAUCCUCGAUGACUUUCACAGGUUCAAGGUCAUGCUUUGACAAUAUCAAGAGAGGAGGAGCUAUCAGUGAGGAGCUAGCGAAGCUUAAUGAGGCUGCUGCUUCUUAGAUCACUUUGGUGGCCGGCCUAUUGAGAUUUCGAUCAGCAAUGUAUCUUGGUCCCAGACUUCUGCAAUAUUGUGCGAAAUUUAGCUGUGUUUAAGAUUUUGAUUAUGAGGUAUUCUGUUAUCUGUCUUAUGUGUGAUGCCACCUAAAUUCAUGGGCCUGUCUGUUAGUUGCUUGCUCUGAUAAAUACAAAGACGAUUGCUAAUGCCAAUGAUACUGUCUGGCCGUCUCUCCAAUUACUAACACCUAGUUUAUUCACUGAUUGCUGUGUAAGAAUUUUAUAAUAGCAGUGUCUGCAGUUAUGCGCAGCAAUGCAA